CCGGAAGCGAACGUCCGGCAAAGAUGGCGUCGGCGGCGCUGGCGCUGAGAACGCGGGCGGCUGUUACCACCCUGCUGGGCCCCCCUCAGGCUGCGUCACUUGCCGUGAGAUAUGCAUCCAAGAAGACAGGCGGCAGCUCCAAAAACCUGGGCGGAAAGUCACCAGGCAAACGCUUUGGCCUCAAGAAAAUGGAGGGUCACUACGUUCACGCCGGCAACAUCCUUGCGACUCAGCGCCACUUCCGUUGGCACCCGGGUGCCCAUGUGGGGCUGGGGAGGAAGAAGUACCUGUAUGCCCUUGAGGAGGGGACAGUCCGCUUCACUAAGGAGGUCUAUGUGCCCAGCCCCAGCAACGCGGAGGCUGUGGACCUGGUCACCAGGCUGCCCAAGGGGGCGGUGCUCUACAAGACUUUUGUCCAUGUGGUUCCCGCCAAGCCUGAGGGCACCUUCAAACUGGUAGCUAUGCUCUGAACUCCUGGUCAAGGCCGUUGGACAGAGACUGGAGCCCAGGUGGCAGGAGAGUGUGGUGGCAGCGGAAGUCAAGGGUUGAAGACGAUGCAGCCUGCUGAGGAUGUCUGCUCGGUGGCGAUUGCAGAAGACUCGGAAGUGACUGGCAGGGAAGCCUUUUAGGAGACCUGCCCUGGGGCCGGAAAUAAAGUGUGCCGGAGUCACGAG